AUGGAAGUAACACAAGACAGCAUUGCUCAAUUAUAUGAUGCAUUAGAUCCAUUUUUGAAUAUUGUGGUAAUGCAAAACAAUGAUUCAGUAACAACGCCAUGUGUAUUGGCUUCUAUGAAUGAUUUAGUUUAUUCAUUUUUUUGUGAACAUUAUUGGGACGAUAAAGGAUUAGUGAUUAAGAUGAUUGAAAAGAUUGUUUCAAGGUUUAGUGAACAAAGAUUUGAGAGAUUCAGAUUAGUAACAAAUGAAAAUAUAGUUUUGGCCUUAGAAAGUGAGUUUGUUAUUUGGAAACGAGUGAGGAAAUGUUUAAUGAUUACGUUUCUAUCAAUUGAUACAUUAGUUCAUGUAAAUUAUAUUAAUACAAUUUUAAAUAAUUCAUAUCGAGAUUCUUUUGUUAAACAACUACAAUCACAAAUGAAUAUUAGUAAAAAAUUAAUGGCUGUAUUAUCUAGUUGGAGAAUGAAAGGAUUUAUUGAUCAAAAAGAAGAAUUAGGUAGGAUUUUUAAAUAUCUUGAAGGUUAUGAUACUAAUUUUGUUCUUUUCUUAUCUAAUGAAUUUCUUCUUCAAGCACAGAAAGAUUACAAAAAGUUUAUUCAAAAGAAGUUCUUCUUAUUAAUGAAACACUUCCUUUAG